CUCACGAACUUACCUGCUUGAUUGCAUUCAAACGUGUACCACACCUUUGACUUCCGCAGAGUCUGCACAACAUGCUUUCUCUCCGAGCCAACGCCUCGUCGCGCGUCGCAGGCCGGCUGAAUACUCGGGAUGUGGCGGUCUGUCGUCGGCCCGCGCUUCUCCUGCCAGCCUCGCGGCCCCGCAGCAGCCACGUGUCGCACAGCAUGGGCAAGGAUGUCGUUGACGGCUGGUUGGAUGUGGCCAAGCUGGUAGCGGGCGGUGGCGGCAACAAGACGCCGUACGAGGAGUUCGCGGGCGCCAUUGGUCGGGACAUCUAUGUGGACAUCGCGGGCUGGCACCUGUACCUGCGGGACAUGGGUACGGGCGUCCCCGGCAGCAGCUACAAGAUGAGCCAGGCGCUGGCGCAGCAGCUGGGGCCUCAGCUGCCCAAAGGAGUGCGGGAGGCUGACGUGGAGGCCCUGCUCAAGAAGAUCCCGGUCAAGCUGGGCGCGGGCAAGAUCAAGGCCUCGCUGUACGACGUGAUGCCGGCCAUGUGUGUGGGCGACCUGGCGAGGCUGUGUGAGGACUUCGCGCGCCGGUGAAGCCGCGCGCCGUUUUUGUGGGGUUGUCGGUGAACCUGGGUGGGUAUAGCCGGUGAAGCCGGUAAAGCGGCGGGUUGUGUGGGUUUACCCGUGUUGGUGGUGUUGGCGGUGUUGCUGGUGUUGGUGGUGUUGAUGAUGGCGCAGUAUGCGCUUGCGGGCGGGGCGGCUGACGUUAGCAGCACGACCAUUGGGCCGGGCGCCCGGGGCAAUAACCAAGGCCUCAGCAAGGCCUCCGUUACUCCUGGAGAGUCUUCACAUUAUUGACACUACAUCCCUAACUGAAGCUAGUUGGUUAGCAAUUCGUCUACUACGCCUGAUUCAUCUGUCGUUCAUCAAUGCCAUGAUGGUCUUGGGCAAUCAUCGGGACGCGGGAGAACUGUGAUGUGGUCACUGGGUGCCAAUCGGGCUGUGUUGGCGGCCGGAGCCGUGCGGCAACUGUGAAUUGGAGCUUCGUGUGGGCUGCUGUGUUCGGCUACUGUGGGAGUGGCGUACCCAUGCGCAUAAAGCGGUAACGGUGUGCGAUGGGACAGUGUUAAGGCAGCUUGGUGAAAUCCCGCAGGGUGCAGCUGAUAGCGGUAACGGCACCCUCCACGAACAUCAUGACAGCUUUUACGGUUCCAGUGCGGGUGUGACCCUGUGUGACGGUGUGUCAUCGAGCGGUUGAAACCUGCGUGCGCUGGCGUGAGUGCGCGGCAUGUGCUCUCCUGUAGUUGCGCACAACUGCGAUAAUACCGUAUAUGGCCUACCCAGUCACGCGGAUCUCAAAUAGGUUGUGAAUCCAGAGUUCUCACACCUCACAGAGUUCCAGUACGGUAAUGUGCAAAAGUAUGCGAUCUCGUACUCGAAACAACAUCAGGUGGGGUGUGAGUGUGUGACAUAAAACACAGAGAGCCCCGCUUCGUGCGUGCGCGUGUCGUGUGGGGAGGACGUCAAUGCGUGUUUGGUGGGGCCAACUCUAAGGCUGUACGAGUUCAGACAGCUUCAGGGCACGGUGCAAUCAGGAAACUUAGCCC